AUGCCUGCCAAGACCUCGCGGAGCGUGCCAAAGCCACGUCGAAAGCCCGCUUCAGCGCUCUCACGAGCGCCGAAGAAGGCCAAGCCGCCGAAAAAGAAGGUUCGCACAGACCCGUUCACAUCAAAGCAAGUGUCGUCUUUCUACUUCAAGGCUGUACUCGACGAUGAUGGAGACCCUACUGGAGUAUACGUAUGCCGCUGUGGUGUUCAGCGCCGAAUGGAGCCCAACACUGGCUACACCAAUCUACUUGGCCACGUCUUCAUGUGGCACACGAACUUUGUCGCCGAGAUGACCAGCGCCAGUACAAGUACUGGCACGUUGGUUGGGUUUAUCGACGACAAGACCCACAAGGUCUUCUCUUGGAUCGACAUGGUGCUCUCGUGCAACCUGCCCUUCUCAUUCUGUGAGACUAGCGCGGCUUCUAACUACGUUAUGAUUGGGGGCCUUUCGACGGACAGUCUGGUGAAUUGUUUGGUAUCAUUUUCGACGGGUGGACUUUCUGGUCGGAGCAUUAUGUCGCAGUUUUUUGCGUCCUUUCGCCACGUCGACAAGAUGCAGAACAUUCUGAUCGCUAUAGCGCCAAUUAUUGGUGAUGAGAUCAGCGACCAUACUGCCAGCAGCCACGUCAAGUUCCUGGACGUCAUUCUUUCCUACUAUGGCCGGAGCAAAGCCAGUACCGCUUACAUUGUCGGAGAUAAUUGCUCCGUGAACGGCGCUGUCGCGGAUCAGCUGCAGGUUCCGAUGGUGGGCUGCGCCAGCCAUCGUCUGAACCUGGCGGUGAACUUACUUCUCGCUGGCGACGACAAGCUACUCGAUAAGAUACAGAAGUUGAUAUACUUCGAGCUGAAGGAGUUUCUUAGUGACGACGACAAGGACGAGCUAACUGGGUUUCUGCCAACCCGGCGAGAGGAGAUGCAGCUGAAGUCGAUCGUCGCCAACCUCAAGAUGUUCGAGUCAACCUCGAAGAAACUGCAAAGUGCAGACGCGGUAACACUACUCGACGUGCGCGACCUCUUGGCGCGCACAUUGCACAGAAGCCAGAAGUCGCCCACUACCUCGCUGCUGAUGCAGCGAUCGUCAAGAGCCCUGCUUUCGAACGAGCUUGUGUGA